AUCGCUUUGCAUCCGCAUGUUUUCAUAAAACUUGCAUCCGCUCGUAGUUGCCGCUUCUUCAUCGCCUCCGUUGACCUUUCUCAGUCCAGCCGUUCUUUUGUGGUCCGGCCGUUUGGCCCUUUCUGCACAGUGCACUGACCCCCUCGCCCGUGUCCGAAAACUUCCCCGAACCCGAACCGGACUAUCGUUACCGUUGGGUCCGGAUCAUCCCCUAACAUCUAUAAAACAUCUCCGUUUUAUUAUUCGGGCUACCUAACCUAUUUAUUUACGACCGCCCGAUUAUAAUCGGACGGACCGGAUUAAUCCCUACCCUAAUCCCCUACCUAUUUAAAUAGACCAACCCUAAAUUCUAGGGGAUUUGUCCCCCCUACCGCCGCCACCCACUCACCAAAUCCCCCUUGGGAUCCAUCCCUCCCCAACCACCGCUCGCCACCUACAGCCUCCAGAUCCCCUCGCCCUCCACCUCGCUCGUUCCAGCGCCUCCCUGUCCUCUCCAUCGCCUCCUCCCCGCGUCCAGCUGCUGAGCCCAUCCGGAUGCCGUCGCUGCUCCUGUCCCUGAGCCACUGGAGCACCGCCCCGCUUCUGCCUCCUCGUUCGAGCGCCGCUGGAGUUGCUCCGUCCGUCAUGCCUCGCGUGCAUGGUAAGAACCCCGGGAGCCGCCAUGGCCAUGGAUGCCGUCCGCCGCCUCCAGCUCGAAGCUCCGUUGCGCCCAAGCCUCGGAGGCGACCGGAUCCGGCCUGGAUCGACCUCCCCAAGCCCCCAACACCGGACUCUCCUGCUCACCCUCUGCUUCCUGCACCGACGACCCGAGACUAGGACCCCAUCAGAUGAGCCCCGCCGGCCCUCCUUGUCUCCUGGAUUCACCCCUUUCUCUCUCUGCCUCCCUGACCUCUCUUCCUCUCUUGGAACUGCAGCAGCAGGAGCUUCGGCCACCGCGCCAUGUUGCCGUUCUUCUGCUUCGUCGCCGUCCAGGACCACCUCGAGCCACCGCAGCAGGCGGACCUCCGCAUCCGGCCACGCCGCCGGCAAGCCCUGCCUCCGCCGCCUCGCCAAGUUCCGCUGCUGCCUCCUCUACAUCGCGCCGGUGCACCUGGCCUCCUCUGCGUCGCGCUGUUCCCUGCUUCUGCGUGCGAGGAGUACGACCAGCGCCAAGUCCCCUCGGCCGUGCGUUGACCUCCAGCCUGCUCGAUCCCCUUCAUCGAUCGAUCCAAGCCGAGCCGGCCCAUGAGGCCUGGUGAGCUUCAGAUCCAGCGCCUCACCCUGUGCUUUGUUGGGCCAGCUAGAUUCGGCCCGUGAUGUGUUUUUUCCUUGCCUACAAAUUUAGAAUUUAUCCAGAGACUGCCAGUUUUGCAGAAAAACCCUCUUUGUCAUGCAUCAAUAAUUCACAAACCAUGCAUCAGAAUGAAAUAAAUUAUAUAUGAAAAGUUCUUAGAAUUUCAUCUAGUUUCAUAAUAUGCUGCUUACAUCCGUGUUUAAAAUGUUUAAAUGCUGCUUGCAUUUAUUUUGCUAAAUGCCAUGCUAAAAUAAUUUAUUUCAUAACUAAAAAACCGUAGCUCCAAAUUUAAUAAACUUUAUAUGUAAAUGGGGUAGAAAAAUGCCUAGUUUAACAUGGUGUACUUUAUUUUGUUGUUUAACAACAUUAAAAUUGUGUUUGGGGCAGAACAGUAGUAAAUUCAAAAUAUGCAUAUGGGGUUUUUUUGGAAUUGUUGCAUGUUACUUCCGGCCUCAUUUAAACUUGCCUAAAUAGAUAGUUUAUUUAUUCUUCACCCCUUGCCAGGUUUAACAACAUUUAAUAUUGUUGGGUACAUAAACGAGAGAGAACUAAAUAAUUGAUGUGGUGUUUCUUCAAUAUGCAACUUGUUGCAUAUUGAGCUUCACUUAAUUUGUAGUGUUGUUUGUUGCAUUUUGUCAUGCCAUGCU